UAUAAAAACAAAAAAGGGAGGCCGGCUCCCUCCCGUUUCCUUCCUUUUCAAGUCAGCCGCCCACCGAAUCGCGCGAGACCGCCGUCCUCCGAAGCGCAAGCCGCAAGCGCGUGUGCCCGUCGCAUUCCGCGUCCCUCCUCCCGCUCCGGAAAACGGAUCCAAUGGCAACGCAGCGUGCCGUGCUGGCUUUGACCGAUGACGUGGUCAUGCAAGUGAAGGCGGUUUUCGAUUUGAUCAGGGAGGCCGGGAGUGAAAAAUUGGAGCAGUGCGAUCCUCAAAUCAUCACACACGCAUCUAAUUUGGGUAAACUGCCAGUAGAGUCUUCUUCCGUGGACUUUGCUAUCGCUAUCUGCAAGUCACCUGAAUUUCCUGGUAAUGGCUUGUUUGAAGAAAUCUCAAGAGUGUUGAAGCCUGGUGGGACCAUUGUGAUUCGUAAGGCUUUAUCGUCUGUAGCGGAGGAUACAUCUAAGGCGUCCUCUGCUCUUGAACGUGAGUUGCUGGUGGCUGGAUUUUUAGAAGCACAGAAUCUUCAAAUUAAAUCAGUGGCAAGUUCUGAGGGUGUACGGCAUUAUAUGGUCAAAGCAACAAAGCCAUCUUGGAAACUUGGCUCCUCGUUUGCAAUUAACAAGGGCAAAAAAAGCUUGCCAAAAGUUCAAAUAAUAGGCGAUGAUGAUGAUUUGAUAGAUGAGGACAGCCUUUUAACUGAAGAGGACUUGAAGAAACCGCAACUUCCACCUGUCGGGGACUGUGAAGUUGGAAGCACUAGGAAAGCUUGCAAGAAUUGCACGUGUGGGAGAGCUGAAGCAGAGGAGAAGGUGGAAAAACUGGAGCUCUCUGUGGACCAGCUAGACAAUCCUCAAUCGGCAUGUGGCAGUUGUGGUCUGGGAGAUGCCUUUCGCUGCAGUACAUGUCCUUACAAGGGUCUUCCACCAUUCAAACUUGGUGAAAAGGUCUCAUUAUCAGCAAACUUUCUGGCGGCAGAUAUAUGAAUCACUUUGCAUCGACUUACGUAUAGACUUCGGAUUACUGACAAGCUCGAUGGUGGUGAAUCACUUGUGCUUUGUCUUCUGUCAUUGUAGCCUAUGGGAAAAGUUCUAGCAUCUUUGUCAAAUUAGGAAGGAAGUGUGCAUUCUUGACAGGAUGAGCCAAAUUUUGGUCUCGCAAGGUCUCUCACUCAAAGGGACGUAUACCAUCUGAUUGUAUUGCUUUCAUGUGUCGUCGUGAUGAUGUCCUUGUUUUUUUUUUUUUAUUGUUUUUUAAUAUUUGAAAGAAGGCUGAUGGAAGAGUAUGUCGACUUCAAUCAUAUCAAUUUGUCAGUGAUGUAGAAGUAGUGGGUGGGGCUUAUUUUGUUGUUUA